CUUUUUUGGUUUCUCUUAUUAUUGAAAGCUAACUUUCUUUUUUUCCCCACAUUCUCGAGAAAAUACUCUCUCUCUCUCUCUCUCUCUCUCUCUCUCUCUUUCUAGCUCACAGAUUUUCUUUGCAAGUAGGUUCUCACAGUCAUUAUGAUCAAGGCCAUGGAUAAGCUCUACUUGUUUUGGUGUACGUUAUUCUCCAUGCUUUUGAGUCUUGCCUCCAUUAACGCAGCUCAAGAAGGUGCUCUCAUCACCUCUCUGCCUGGUUUCAAUGGCAAUUUCCCAUCAAAACACUACUCUGGGUAUGUGAGUGUAGGUGAGAAACAGCUUUUCUACUACUUGGUUAUGUCUGAAAGAAAUCCAUCCAAAGAUCCUGUUGUCUUGUGGCUAAACGGUGGACCAGGUUGCUCAAGCUUUGAUGGCUUCGUUUAUGAACAUGGGCCAUUUGAUUUUGAAGCAGGGAAGCCAAAAGGAGGUCUCCCCAUAUUGCAUCUCAAUCCAUAUAGCUGGUCCAAGGUUUCAAGCAUUAUUUAUUUGGAUUCUCCUGCUGGUGUUGGCUUUUCAUACUCCAAAAAUGAAAGUGAAUAUACAACUGGAGACCUGAAAACAGCUGCUGAUACACAUUCUUUUCUUCUUAAGUGGUUUAGGUUGUAUCCAGAGUUUCUCAGCAAUCCAUUUUAUGUUGCUGGAGAGUCUUAUGCUGGUGUUUACGUGCCUACUCUUACCUCUGAAAUACUCAAAGGAAUAAAAGCUGGUGCGAAGCCAACUAUCAAUUUAAAGGGUUACAUGGUGGGAAAUGGGGUGACAGAUAGAAAUUUUGAUGGAGGCAGUGCGCUUCUCCCUUUUGCACAUGGGAUGGGCCUCAUCUCAGAUGAUAUUUAUCAAGAAGCUGAAUCUGCUUGCAAGGGAAAUUAUGAUGAACCUAGCAUUGUUUGCUCUACAACUCUUGAGAAAGUUGACAAGGCACUUGAAGGGCUAAACGUUUAUGACAUCCUGGAACCAUGCUACCAUGGACCAGAAACAAAACAGAACACAAGCUUGCCAAGCAGCUUCCAAGAAUUAGGGAAGACAAAUAAGAAGAAUAUUGGUGUAAGAAAGAGAAUGUUCGGACGUGCUUGGCCAUUAUGGGCUCCUGUUAAAGAUGGCAUCCUACCAUCCUGGCCUGAACUAGCAGUCCAAGGCAGCGUUGGAUGCAUUGAUGAUGAGAUUGCAUCUGUUUGGCUAAAUGAUAAAUCGGUUAGGACAGCAAUUCAUGCACAGCCGGAAUCCACGGUGGGAACUUGGGAGCUAUGCACCCGCAGGUUAUUUUAUCGUCAUGAUGCUGGAAGCAUGAUCCCUUACCACAAAACCCUAACAAAACAGGGCUAUCGAGCACUUAUUUUCAGUGGAGACCACGACAUGUGUGUGCCAUUUACUGGAAGCCAAGCAUGGACAAAAUCACUUGGAUAUAAGAUCACAGAUGAAUGGAGGUCUUGGAUGUCUGAUAAUCAAAUUGCUGGGUACUUGCAAGGAUAUGAGAAUAAUCUUACCUUCCUCACCAUCAAGGGUGCUGGGCAUACAGUUCCUGAAUACAAGCCUCAAGAAGCUUUGGAUUUCAUUUCUCGUUGGCUAGAUGGAAAAUCAAUAUGACUCGGAAAUUCUGCUUUUUUUUUAAAAAAAAAAAGUUUAUCUUUUUUAAACAAAUUAAUCAAUAUAUAUCAAUCGAAAGUUCAUUAAGUUACAUAUA